AUGCCUCUUGAGGAUGCGGCGUUUGGUCGGCACUUCGUGCCUGAUGACGGCCCUGCUGCUGAGGUCUUGGCUCGCAAACGCGCCGCCACCUAUCAGCGCCUCACCAUGCAGCUGACGCUGGAGGCGGCCGCCCGCUUUGUGGCGGCAGCGGACGUCUCGACUGACAGUGGUCAGUCGGCUGCCUCCGGGUAUCGCGUGCUGCUUGUCUGCGCGGCUUCGCGCUUGGGCUGGCGCUGCCGCGUCUGGGUGGCAGCAGUGCUGGUUCUUUUCGGGCUUGUGUUUUGUGUGUGCUUGUGCAGCUUCUCGCUGUGGACUCGCUCAAUGCCUCUUGAGGAUGCGGCGUUUGGUCGGCACUUCGUGCCUGAUGACGGCCCUGCUGCUGAGGUCUUGGCUCGCAAACGCGCCGCCACCUAUCAGCGCCUCACCCAUGCAGCUGACGCUGGAGGCGGCCGCCCCCGCUUUGUGGCGGCAGCGGACGUCUCGACUGACAGUGGUCAGUCGGCUGCCUCCGGGUAUCGCGUGCUGCUUGUCUGCGCGGCUUCGCGCUUGGGCUGGCGCUGCCGCGUCUGGGUGGCAGCAGUGCUGGUUCUUUUCGGGCUUGUGUUUUGUGUGUGA